AUAUAACAUAGAACAUUCGAGAAUUUAUUCCUGCAUCCUUUACGGCUGAUAAAAUUUUUCUUAGACUGAUACUUGAUUGUUCUAUUUACCAUUCAUAUUUAAAAAUGUAUGCUUAAAAUAGAACAAAAUAUAAAUAAAUUUAUCAAAUGGAUUUUAAGAUGGGAAUUAUAAUUUUAAUAAAUACUCUAAUGGAAAGUUUUGAAAAUGCGCGGUAAAGUGGCAAUGAAUACGUCAUUGGUAAAUGAAUACGGAACAGAAGGUUAUUUAAAAAUAUUGGAAAGUGAAAAGGACAUUGAGAGCAACGACAGUGAUCUAAAAAAUCAAAAACACUAUCAAGCUAUUCAAGAUUGGUGUCAUUUGAAAAACCAGGAUAACUCUCAGUAUGAAUUGAGUUGCUAUAAACUUGAUACUGCCCAAAAUAAUGGGAUUCAAGUUUUGGAAUCUGCGCCUCAAUGGGCGCUUCCAUCUAAUUAUUCCAGCUGGCAGUGUCAAGCAAAACAGCUAUUAACAUACGGCAACGUGUUUUGGGAUUCCUACUGGAACAAUCCAAAUCUGCCUAAAGAAUUUAAUACAAUACAUCCAAUUUCAAAAGAAGAAACUUAUUUUGAUUCAAACUCAACGGUAGCUGACAUUAAUAAGCCAGUAUUUACCCAAACGUGUUCGAAGGUGUAUGACAAUUCUCACUUAGAUGAAUUAAAUUUAUCUGAGAAUAUUUCUAAUAAGGUACAAGUCAAUCCAGUAGAUUUGUCAAUACGUCAUAAAUUUGGAAAAAAUUCUUAUAUCAAAGGUUGUAAAACGGAAUCAUCAUUUCAUGAAAGUCAUCAAGAUAUAUCAAAUUAUUCAUCGAAGUUGGAAGUGAAGAAGUUAGAUAAAAAACCUUUAUCAUCACUUCAGUUUAAUUAUUUCCACGACGACUUAAAUCACUUGGAUAAAUCAAAAAUAUUUCAUAAACAAAAUUUCAGCAAUCAAAAACUGUCAACUACUCAGCAAUUGGAUGUUGAUUCAAACAUUCUUAAGGCUGAAAAAAGUAUUGAUCACUCGUUGUAUUUGAAUACGUUAUCAUCAAGCAAUUGGGAAGAUUUCACAAUGUCUGGGCAAUAUCCUGGACACAGUCGACCACCAGUUGGGACUCCACCACCCCAAGCAGUGUGGAAUCAUUUAACAAUGACUCAAGGUUCAGGACUUAAUAUACAUCCAACAGCUUUGUCAGGCGCAACACUUAAUCCAGCAAACUUCUACACACAUCCAUCAAUGGCGAGAACAUCGCAUUUGACAACUCAACUGCCACCUCAGCUAGCUCACACUCAAGCGCCGCCCACAUGGCAUACACCAACGGUACCUUCGAAAAGCGUCACUUCGUCUAGUGCGCCGGGUAAUCCAUUAUUUAGUCUACAAAUGCUUGUAGAUAACAGGCAAAAUCAAAGUCAGUAUCGUACUUCUCCAGGUGCUCAAAAUACUCUCGACCUCUCAGCGACUUCGGAAAUGGCUGAAAACUAUUCUAGAAUGACUCAGGACAUUCCCAUAAGUUUGACUGCUCGAAGUGUGGAUAAAGGCAGUCGUAAUGGCAAUAUAAUAUCACCUCCAAUACCUCUCAAUGGAGAAACGUCCUCAGAUAGUGGAAUCAGUUCGUCUGUACCUACUCCAAAUUCAGUUAGUGAUCCAGUGUCGUUAUCCACCAAGGAACAGUUAACGACGCCGAAAAUAAUGGUAAAGAAUUUUGAAAGUAAUCUCAAGGGUGUUUCAAAUCUUCAUGAUAAAAUAAAAGAAAUAAGUAGUGGACUUGACAAUUUCACCCAAAAAGUUAUUAAUUUACCUCCAAGCGUUACUAUUGAACGAGUUUUACCGGAUAAAAAAGAAUCAGAGUCUGUUAAAGUUAAGGAUUCGUUAAGUGUUAUAGCGCAGGGACCACGAAAUAUACUGCCUGUGAUCGUUAAUCUUACUUCAAAAGCUGAUAAAGAUGUAAUUGAUAGUCCUAAACGCGAACCGUCUUCAGAACGAGAACGUAAGAUUGACGAAGUAAAUGUAAGGUCUCCAAAGAAUCUUCCUAAACGUGGUAAAAAAGGUGUAGAUUCUUUAUUAGAAAAACUUGAAGGUGGCAAUAAAAAACUUGGUAAUGCUGAAAAUAUUGGGUCAGUAAUUGUUAUGCCUUUGGAAGAUACGAAGGAUGCUUCAAGUGUUAAGAGUAUGUCUCCAGAACGACAAAAAUCAAAAUCACCAACAAGAGAAGAUGAUGUAGUAUCACCUGCAUUCAGUAAUGACGACUCUAAUGAUAAUACAAAGCAAAGACGGAAACGAAAAUUAGAAAAACCUGUACGAUUAAGUAAAGACUCGAAAACAGAAGUAGAAGACAUGGAACUAGAGCCAACAGAACCUAGAGAACCAAGAGUUUGUGAAGUUGUUCCUGAAGAGUUAAUUACUAAUUUGUCGUCGUCAGUAGAUCAUUUACAAAAAAAUGAAGCCAGAUUAGGUGAAAAUAUUGAUAAAUCUAAAACGGAAGAAGAGGUAAAGAAUAUGACAACACAUAAUCAAGAACAAGUUGAAGAAAAUGAGCCAAUUAGGAGGCGGAGUAGUAGUGAAGGUUCUUCAACAAAUCCAACACCAGCGAAUCAACGAGUAAGACGAAAAUCUAGCGAUGACGUGACUGAAUUAUCCAAAAUUACAAGCCCCAAAGGUGUGAAUAAUGCAAAUCCAUUUAACGAAGUUGAAUCUGAGUUAGAAAAAAUGUUUGCUGGAAUUGUGGAAACCGGCUCCGAAGUAAAAAAUGAAGAAUUAAAAAUGGAAAAUACUACAAAAACCAAUCCUGAAACGUUGAACGAAGAAAAUAUAGUUAAGAUAGAAACAACAGCUGAGGCAGAAACCGCAAACCCGACUGAUGUUUCGUCAACGGUAGAAACUAAGACAACUCCAAAAAAAGGAAAGAAAGGUCGAAUACGAGCGAAAAAACGUAAAGUAUCAAAACUUUCUGACAAUGUAUUUAGGCCAGGCAUUGAAGAUAUACCACAUAGAGAUGCAAAGAAGCGAAAAACUUCUAAAGCUUCAAAGAAACAGGAGAAUGGAAAGAAAAAAAAGAAUUUGCGACCUGAUGGUCUAAAAGAAAUAGCUUAUGAUUCUGGAUCGAAUGCCAGUUCGAUUAGAUCAAGAGGUCCGGUGGUUCAUGUUGAAGGUCCAAGAGAUAGUCCAUUGAGUGUGCAAGUCGUAAAUGCGCCAAGAGAAGAAGAAGAAGAAAAAAAUAAAGAAAAACGAAAAAGUGUAGGGAAUGGAAAUGUAGCAAGGAGUAAGAGACUUAGUCACCAAAACGAUCUUGAUUAUCGUGGUAAAGUAAGCAAAGCGGGUCUAUUUAGUUCCACUUUAUCAUCACGAUAUGACGCUCAUACAACAGAUUCAACUUGGAUUUGUGUGUUUUGUAAACAAGGUCCACAUUCAGUAAUACCCGGUGAUCCUUUACGACCCCAUCCUAAUUUAGCUGGCCCUCACAUAGCUCCAGGAACUUACACGGUUCCGGCUGGAGUUCUCAGUGAUCUUUUCGGGCCUUAUUUAAUCGGGAAAGAACGUUUAGAGGAUGGAAUCUUAUCGGCAGAUGAACAGGAAAUUACUACAGAACAGAAAAAAGGAGGAAAGAACAAAAGAAGUAUAAGAUACGCUGGCUUAGCAGACCAAUUUACAGCAAAAAUGGGCAAGAAGAAAAAAAAUUCAGUUGAAGCCAAUAAUGCAGCAAUGUUUUCGGGGAUGACAUUAAUUUCUGGUGAAGAACAACGUUGGGAAGUUUGGCUUCAUGAACAGUGUGCGGUGUGGGCAGCUGGAGUUUAUUUAGCAGGUGGAAGGGUAACUGGGUUGCAAGAAGCUGUUUGGGAUGCGACCAAGUCAAUUUGUAAUUCUUGUGGACUGCCAGGUGCAAAUAUUGGUUGUGUCAAGCGUGGUUGCAAAGCAGUGACACACUAUCCCUGCGCCUUGACCAGAGGUUGGCACCUUGACAAUAAUCAGUAUAUACCGAAGUGCAACCAACAUCGAGUAACGUGAAAUACUGAAAAAUGAUAUAAGAAAGAAUACUAACCAAAUAAUUCGGAUAUCAAAUAUAAUAACAGCAAGCUCUAAUUUUUGAUACUGAGAUAUUAGCGUGGUAAAAAGAAGACUCAUAAAAAUAAAAUGAAAAUUCAUGGGAAGUAUCAUGUAAAAUGAUGUAAAAUAUUGAAAAUAUGGAUGUUAAUAUGCUGCGAUUCGCAAGAGACAUGAAGUCUCAGUGACUGUGGUGUGAAAUUAUGUCUAAACAUGACAGAAUAGGUACAGAUUAGCACUUAAUGGGCUCUUCGUUGACUGGAUUUCAUUGACUUUCUUGGCCCGUGGCCUUGAACCGUGGCCUUUUCGAUUUAAUAAUUAACAAACUAAAACAAAGAAAAAAAAAGAGAAGAGAACAAAUUAAACUACAAUUUUGUCCUUUCCAUUUUGAGGUAACAAUUCUAUGAGUAGGCCAGCUUUAAUGCAUCAAAGCAUUCAUUACAUCUAAAAAUACAACAGGUUAGAUAGAAAAUAUUCUCAACAAAAGAUAUUGAUAAUUUCCACUAAAGAAUUAUCAUUUUUAUUAUUAGUUAUAUCAUUAUUAAUUUUAUUAUUAUUCUUUUAGUCAAUAAUGAAUAAGUUUGCUUGAUUUUCAUGUAAAUAUUGGUGUAUUAAAGUUCAAAAGACAAGCCUAGGAUAGAGAGACUUAAUUAUGUUUUUAGUUAAUCUAUCAAAAAAAUGAAAAUUUAUAAAUUUAAAUAAUGAACUCAAUGAACUAUCUUUUAAUGUAGUUCAUGGUUGAUUUUUUUUAUUUUCCAUAACAAUUAAACAUUCAAAAUUAAAUCAACUUUUUUUUAUUUAUAUAAUAAUUAGAUCAACACUUUUAUGUAAGUGUUGUUGAUUUUUUUGUUAUAAGAAAUGUAACAUCAUUUCCAAAGCUUUAUAAUAUUAUUAAAAGAAUUAAAUAGAUUAAUUCAAAAUAUUAUUUUCUUUUUACUAUAAUCAAAUUUACAUCGGAAGGAAAUUUUUUUUAAGUUCAAGUAUAUAUGACAAAUCGUAACGUUACGUAAUUUGCGUGUAACACAGUUAUAUUUAAUGACUUUAAUUAAGGGCUUUCUAACUUAUACUUAUCAUAAUGAAUGAGACAAAUGAUCACGUUUAUUAAAUUCACAUGUAACACAGCUGCUAUUAUUACUGAAUUAUUUAUUAUAAAUAAAAUAUAGCACAGUAUACAUACGCUAAAUAUUAAUUUUUACAAUAAUAAAAAUUAUUUUGUCUUCUUCACCGAGUAUUGGCUACUUAGACAUGAUUGUUUUUUAUUGAAUUGAAAAAUUUGUAAAAAAAAUUAUACAUAGAUGAUGAUGUAAAUAAUAAUAAUUACAUAGGUUUAUAAAUAUAUAUUUACAAAUAUAUAUAUACGAAUUGAUAUGUAUACUUUUAAAUAAGACAUAAAGAGUUCAUCGUGAAUCAACUGUUACAUUUUUCAGUAACCUCUCACUAAAUUUUGAGGUAAACAAAUUAAAAUCAAUUGUAAAUAAAUAUAGUGUAAUAAUGAUGUGGUUAAUUACAAGACGAAAAUUGUGUGACUGGUAAGCUUAUCAAUGAGUAUGCGAUGGUAAGAAAAAAUAAAAAAUAUCUAAAGCAUAAUAAUUUUAUUUAAAUGCAGUUAGAAUGUAAAAAAAAAGAAAAAGAAAUAUACACAAUUUAAGUAAAAAUAAAUUUAUAUGAACAGAAUUAAUGUAGUUUAUAUAAUACUUAAGAUUAAUAAGACUACACUUUGUAAAAAUGGAGAUGACGCUUAUAUUCUACAAUUAUAUGUAAAACAAAGAAAUUACAAAAAAUGAAAUCACAAAAACUUAUUGAAAAUGUGUAAUAAAAUUUGUGAUAAAUGAAUUAAAAAAAUCAUGAAAAAUUAUUACUAUAAAAGGAUUGCCUAUAUAACUUUGCAUACACUGAGCAACCUAAUUAUAUCAAGACAAUGAUAUAUAAAAAAAAAAUAGAUUAAUCGUUUUAUGAAUAAAUAAUUUCAUGGGAACAUGUUUAUAAAUCUGUUCAAUAUUUCUAGAUUAUCAAUUUAUGUGAAAACAAAUAUAAUUAAUUGAAACUGUGUGCUUUUUGUACACACAGUGUUCGAACUAUCUGAAUUGUUGUAUGAGUGUUUGUAUAUCUUGUGUGUGUGUGUGAGUGUGUGUGUUAGUGUGCAAGAAAUAAAAAUGAAAUUAGAAAAAAAACCGUGAUUUUACCCAAAGCACUUGAUGGAAAUGGAUUAUAAAUAAAUUGAUAAGUCUUAUGAAAA